GUAUAAUGCUUUUCGUGCUGAUACGAAAGGUAAAACAAUUGCUGAAGUAGCACAUCGAGAUGCUGUUCGACAUUAUCUAGGUGUUACCAUACAAUGGGUAAAUGGUGAUGAAAGUCGAACUAUAUUAUCUGAAAGAAGAAAAGCUCGAAAACAACUUAGAAAUGCAUUUGAACAACUUUCACCAUAUAUAAGUACUCGUACACAUUAUCAUCGCGUUGGAUUUAUCAAUGAACCAAUCUUUGAUAUUGCAUAUGAUAGAUUACAAGGCAAAAGUGAACCAUCUGGUCUAACAUAUCUUUAA